CAUUAACAUCUGGCAGGGGCCCUCAAAUGUGGCAUGGCAAGUCACUUGAUUACAUGUAUGUUAUUUAGUUAAAUUUGUGAAAAUUAUGAGAUGCUCACCAACCCAGUGAUAAACUCCCUCCCUCCCCAUUGGUUGGCCUGGUCACAUGGCUGCCCAACUUUAUUCAGUUGACAGCAAGUAGGAGGGCCCUAUGGAAGGAGAAAAAAAGACAACACGAGAAAAAUUAGUAUUUUCUACCUUCUGAAAUUAAUGGCCAUGAGUUCGUAUAUGGUGAACUCUAAGUAUGUGGACCCCAAGUUUCCUCCGUGCGAGGAAUAUUUGCAGGGCGGCUACCUAGGCGAGCAGGGCGCCGACUACUACGGCAGCGGCAGCGCACAGGGCGCCGAGUUCCAGCCCCCGGGGCUCUACCCGCGUCCCGACUUCGGUGAGCAGCCCUUCGGAGGAGGCGGCUCCGGUCCCGGCUCAGCACUGCCUGCGCGGGGUCACGGACAAGAACCCAGCGGCCCUGGUGGUCACUACAGCGCCCCAGGAGAGCCGUGCCCGGCGCCUCCGCCCGCACCCCUGCCUGGCGCCCGGGCCUGCAGCCAGCCCGGCGGCCCCAAGCAGCCGCCCCCCGGGACAGCACUCAAACAGCCUGCUGUGGUCUACCCCUGGAUGAAGAAGGUGCACGUGAAUUCGGUGAACCCCAACUACACCGGCGGGGAGCCCAAGCGUUCCCGGACGGCCUACACCCGGCAGCAAGUCCUAGAACUGGAAAAGGAAUUUCAUUUUAACAGGUAUCUGACGCGGCGCCGUCGGAUUGAAAUCGCUCACACCCUGUGUCUUUCGGAGCGCCAGAUCAAGAUCUGGUUCCAGAACCGGAGGAUGAAGUGGAAAAAAGACCAUAAGCUGCCCAACACCAAAGGCAGGUCAUCAUCUUCUUCUUCUUCCUCCUCCUGCUCCUCCUCAGCCACCCCAGGCCAGCAUUUGCAGCCCAUGACCAAGGACCACCACACGGACCUGACGACUUUAUAGAAGUGGGGACUCUGGGCCCAACCCUCCCUUCGCUCCAGGCUGAGCCGAAGCUGCGGGGGCAGGCCGGGCCUGCUGUCACCUCACUGGGCUCUAAGGUACUGUGGGGUGGACCUGGGACUUGCAGGCCGCCCUCGGACUAGGUUAGCAUCCCGCCCGAGGGCAGCCCCCUCCCUAGAGUGGGGAAGGGGGUGGGAGGGAUGGGCGGGAUUCUCUCUACGUAUAUUAUAUGGCAGGAGCUACUGAGAACAUAAAACCUUGGCGAGUCAUUAAACUCAUGAAAA